AUGGGUAGUUACCCAUAUCAACAGGGAGGGUUGCUUUGGGAUCGCCGGCUGGAGCUCACGGCCCCGUCGAAAGGGUCAGUGGUGCUGCUGAAUUCUAAAGAGACUCAGGCGGAGCUGGGCUGGACCUCAUAUCCCCCCAACGGGUGGGAGGAGAUAAGCGGUGUCGAUGAAAAGUACAAGCCCAUCCGGACCUACCAGGUGUGCAACGUGAUGGAACCUAGCCAGCAGAACAACUGGCUGCAGACUGGCUGGGUGGCACGUCGGGGUGGCCAGCGCAUCUUCGUGGAGCUUCAGUUCACGCUUCGCGACUGCAACAGCAUUCCCGGCGUGGCGGGCACCUGCAAGGAGACCUUCAACCUCCUAUACGUCGAAUCGGACAGGGACCUCGGCGGCGUGACCCGAGAGGACCGCUACACCAAAAUUGACACCAUCGCCGCCGACGAGAGUUUCACGCAGGGCGAUUUGGGCGAACGGAAGAUGAAGCUGAACACAGAGGUACGGGAGAUCGGUCACCUCAACCGUCGGGGCUUCCACCUGGCGUUCCAGGAUGUCGGGGCCUGCGUCGCUCUGGUGGCCGUGCGGGUGUACUACAAGCGCUGCCUCGCCACCGUCCAGAACCUGGCCAUCUUCCCCGACACGGUAGCCGAGGCGGCUUUUUCCACGCUGGUCGAGGUGCGCGGCAGCUGCGUCAACAACUCUGAGGUGGACGCCGACAGCCCCCCCAGGAUGCAUUGCAGCGCCGAAGGGGAAUGGCUGGUCCCCAUCGGGAAAUGCAGCUGCAGUGCGGGUUUCGAGGAGGGUCACAGCAGCUGUGAAGCAUGUCCCCCCGGAUCAUACAAGAUGUCGUCCAGGCAGCAGGAGUGCUUCCCCUGUCCCGCAAACAGCGUUUCCGAGGAUGACGGCUCGGUGGCGUGCGUGUGCAGAGAGGACCACUUCAGAACUCCCCUGGAUUCGCCCUCGUCACCAUGCACACGGCCCCCGUCUCCUCCCCGAGACUUGGUUUACACCAUGAAGCAGUCCACUCUCAUCUUGGAAUGGGCCGCGCCAUCCGACACGGGUGGUCGGGUGGAUCUGACCUACAGCGUGGGUUGCCGGCGCUGUCCCGGCAGGCGCUGCGAGCCUUGCGGGGCCAGCGUGGGUUUUGUGCCUCAGCAGAUCGGUCUGACGGAGAGGACGGUGACUGUGGUCAAUCUCCUCGCCAAUACGAACUACACCUUCACUGUGGAGGCUUUGAACGGAGUGUCCGAGCUUCUACCCAACAAGAGGUUCUACACACAGGUCAAUGUGUCAACAAAUUUGCCUGCUUCAUCUCUGAUCAGUGAGCUACGAGCUGAGAAGAUUGAGGAAAAGAGUGUCACGUUGGUGUGGAGGCAACCUUCGUCCCCAAAUAGAAGCCGGACGGAAUAUGAAGUCAAAUACUAUGAGAAGGAGCAAAAGGAUCAAAGUUAUUCCACUGUGAAGACGUCCUCCACGCGGAUCAGCGUCAACAACCUCAAAGCCGGCACCACCUACGUCUUCCUGAUUCGCCCCUUCACGACCCCAGCGCCGUCCUCCUCGCUGUCCUCCUCCUCGCUCUCAUCCUCUGCCUCCUCAUCUUCCUCCUCUGCUUAUCCUUCCUCCUCCUCCUCCUCCUCCUCCUCUUCUUCCUCCUCCUCCUCCUCCUCUCCUUCCCCAAUCGACUACGGAGCCUUCAGCGCUCCCCUGGAACUGCAGACACUGGGAGAGCUGGCGCUGGCAUCCAGUGAACAGAGUCCUGUGGUGAUCAUCGCUGUCGUGUCCGUGGCGGCACUCGUCAUGCUGCUGUCGAUGGGCGUCGGACUGCACAUCUGGAGGAGGCAGUGCGGCUACAGCAAAGCCUCUCAAGAAGGAGACGAGGAACUUUACUUCCAGUUCAAAAUUCCCACACGGAGAACCUACAUCGACCCAGAGACGUGUGAGGACCUGCUGCAGGCUAUUCACGCUUUUGCCAAGGAGUUGGACAACUCCAGCAUCAAGAUUGAGAGAAUUGUGCACACAGGCGACUUUGGGGAGGUGUGUCGUGGCUGUCUCAAGCUGCCCAGCAAGAGAGAGCUGCCGGUGGCCAUCAAAACGUUACGAGCGGGCUGCUCAGAUUCUCUCCUCUAUGCCUGUGUCUCUAUUACUCCACUUACAGUAUGUACCGUUUCCCCUUUCGGCAUUCAAUCUCCGUUUAAUAUGUCCCGUUAUUGUUUGUGUUCAGGUAACACCAUGAUGAUCAUCGUGGAGAGCAUGUCUAAUGGGGCCUUGGAUUCCUUCCUUCGGAAACAUGAGGGUCAGUUGAGCGUAAUGCAGCUGAUGGAUAUGCUGACUGGUGUGGCAUCGGGGAUGAAGUACCUCGCCGAAAUGGGCUUUGUUCACAAACGCCUGGCUGCACACAAGGUUUUGGUUAAUGCAAACCUGGGCUGCAAAGUGUCCGGCUUCCGACCUCUUCAAGAGGACAAGAUCGAGGCGAUCUACACAACGCUUCACGGAGGGAAGAGUGUGGUGCUGUGGACCGCUCCGGAAGCCAUCCAGUACCAUCGUUUUUCCUCUGCCUCAGAUGUCUGGAGCUUUGGUAUCGUCAUGUGGGAGGUCAUGUCCUAUGGGGAGAGACCCUACUGGGAUAUGGGCAACCAAGAUGUGAUCAAGGCCAUCGAGGACGGCUUCCGGCUGCCCGCGCCGGUCAACUGCCCGACACAUUUGCACCAGUUGAUGCUCGACUGUUGGCAGAAGGAGAGAACAGAAAGACCCACCUUUAGUCAGAUCCAUUCGGCGCUGAGCAAGAGCAUCCGCUCGCCCGACGGCAUCGGCUCCUCCACGUUGGCGCGAAGAACCCUGAGUUCCUCCAUAACACUGGCGGAAAGACCGAUACCCACCUUCCCGUCGUUUAACUCGGUAGGCGAGUGGCUGGAUGCUGUGGACAUGGGCCGAUACAAGGACAACUUCACUGCCGCGGGCUACUGCUAUUUGGAGUCGGUGGCGCGAAUGACCGUACAAGAUGUCCUGAGUCUUGGCAUCACCUCCCUGGAGCACCAGAAGUUGAUCCUGGCUGCCAUCCAGACCCUAAGAGCCCAGGUCAUCCAAAUGCACGGGCGCGGCGUGCAAGUGUAACAGCCGGCCGAAGGCGCUGCUUGCCCGCAGGCUGAUGCGUACAUGCAGAUGGCGGAGGACAGGGGUGCGGAUGAGGCAAGCGAGACUGUCUUUCCCUUUCCGAGUGAAGGGCGGAGAAAAGGACCUUGCGCUCCUCUAUUUCUUCCUCUUUCCCGCAUUCUUCCUCAUGCCUUCCGCAAUUCCUUACGUUCUUUGUGCUGCGAAGGCCCUCAGAGACGAACAUCAGUCCCUCUGGUGGUUGGGGGUGGGGUGGCAGAAGAGUGAUGUCAUGUGACUUUUUUUGGGGGGGUGGGGGGGGGCGCUAUCUGCACUUUGACCUUCACAAACUGUGUCAGCGAAAUCGUCACGUUUCGGAAUGGCUGAGUGAAGAUGAUAGAGAGAGAGAGAGUCUCUUCCAGAAUGGUGACCUCUGAGCUGCGGGGGGCCUGUAGAGAAGGGACUCCAAAAGGUUACUGGACCACCUCCCCCCCCUCCCCGUUACCAUAAUUAUUUUAUUUAUUUUAUUUUUAUUUUUUGGGCACCGUUUACUGGCCUCGCGUCAAGACGGGCAAAGACACUUCCCCGCCGUCUGAUCCCACUUGGAAUACGAAGGGACAUCAUCUAAGGAUGUGAACGAGCAUCACGAUGCCAGAAGUGAUUUUCAUAUCAGAUGGUGAAGGGAUAUGUCUGAAUAUUUUUAAAAAUGGCAGGCUUGUAAUCCACACACCCGGCGCAGUGGCUGCCAAUAGUUAUAAAGUCUGAGCUGUCCCAU